AUGUGUUUGGAAGCAGCUCUAUACGAUCCGGUGUUUCUCCAUCGAGCUUUGGAAUUCUGCAGCCGUCAGCUUACGUUCAUCAUCAACAUUAUAAAUCCUAAUUUCAUUAACGAUGGUUUACUUCCACCCGUAGCCCCAGAUUUGUUCGGAGCUAUGCCAGAGUUCUUUUUGGAAAACUCUCUCGACUUCAUUGUCUUUCUACUGAAGAAUAAUCCGGUUAUACUUCUGGAAAGUCGACUGGACUUGCCUCAGCAGCUACUCGUAUUUAUUUGCAGCACUCAUUAUUUUAACAAUAAAUUUCUUGCGGCAAAGAUAGUGGAAGUUUUAUUCAUGGUCUGUCCUGCAAUUUUACCUGCUGCAUAUCAGUUCCAUCUUUCUGUUAUCAAUUCUCCGCUAGCUAUUGAUCGACUCUUUCCUAGUCUUGUCAAAUUCUAUGCGGAUGUGGAGUCAACAGGAGCAAGCACGGAAUUCUACGAUAAAUUUAAUAUCAGACGAUCGAUUCAAGUGAUAUUUCGCUCUCUUUGGGAAAGUACAAUCUACAGAAGUAAUAUUACUUCUUAUGCAAGAGAAUGCUCACCUGAUUUCAUUCGUUUUGUCAAUAUGGUUAUUAAUGAUGCAACCUAUUUGUUGGAUGAAUCAUUGCUUGCGCUGAAAAAAAUACACGACAUUGAAACACUGAAGGAAAGCAAUGAAUGGUCCAAUCUCGGUGAUGAGGAACGUCAAAUGAAAGAAGAUGCAUUGUUGGAAGCAAAACGAGGUGUACGAAACUGGUUAAUACUUGGACGUGAUACGUUGGAUCUUUUCACAUAUUUAACUGCUGAUGCACCUGAACCGUUCUAUGAACCGCUUCAGUUGCUGGGUGAACGAUUGGCUUCAAUGUUGGAUUACAAUGUGUCACAGUUAUGUGGUCCAAAAUGUACGGAACUGAAAGUACGUGACGCAGUACGUCGGUUUAUGUGGGAGCCACGAGCUCUAUUACAACAAAUAGUAAAUGUGUACUUAAAUUUAUCGUCAGAGAAAUUUGCAGAAUGCAUUGCUAAUGAUGAGCGUUCGUACUCCCCAGAUGUAUUUUCAAUGGUGCUUUCACGGUUAACCACUAAUAAUAUUGUACCUAUAAAUGAAAUCGAACUCUUGAAAAAUCUUGCCGAUAUGACGCAACGAAUCUGGAAGCAGAAGGCUCAGAAUGAAGAAGAUUUCGGAGAUGAUGUUCCGGAUGAUUUCAGAGAUCCAGUAAUGAACACACUGAUGACUGAUCCUGUAAUUCUGCCAUCAGGACAUAAAAUGGACCGGAAACAUAUUAUGCGUCAUUUGCUCAGCUCUCAAACGGAUCCAUUUACUCGGCAGCCUUUAUGCGAAACUCAACUUGUAUCUGAUAUUGCUUUAAAAACAAAAAUUCGAGCGUGGAUAAAGGAAAAGCUGGCGUCAAAAUCAAAAUAA